GUAUUACUCGCUCAAGAACGUUGGUUUUGGUCUUGAAAGCUUAGCCGCUCGUUUUAUUCAUUUGCUGCAUUUUCUUUCCUUUCUUGGAAAAAAAUGUCUUGCUGUGGUGGAAACUGCGGAUGUGGAUCUGCCUGCAAGUGCGGCUCUGGUUGUGGAGGAUGCAAGAUGUAUCCUGAUUUCUCUUUCUCCGGAGAAACCACCACCACUGAGACUAUGAUUGUUGGGGUCGCUCCUCAGAAGGGAUACUUUGAAGGGUCUGAGAUGAAUGCUGGAUCCGAGAAUGGAGGCUGCAAAUGCGGUUCUAACUGCACCUGUGACCCAUGCACCUGCAAAUGAGAGGCUCAAUUGUUUGAAAUAAUCUCGUAUGGGUCUGUUAUGUUAGUAUCUUAGGACUUCAAAAUGUUAACUGGAGAAUAAGUGGGCUAUGGCUCUCGUGAUGUAAGCACAGCCUUUCGUUUGGUCGACCAUGUCCCUCAAUCCUCAUCACUGGAGUUUUU